UUAAGUACAUGUUAUUAAUUUUGAUGCAAUGUGAGCAGAAAUAGCCUCAUAAAAAUGAAAGCGCCUCACUGAAAUAACGAGACCUUGGUAACAAGAUUAUUAAUUCAGAAUUCAGCUGAGGUCAGACUAUAGAAUGGGGGAGAAGAGAUUGUCGAGGUGGUACUUUGGUGGACUGGCCUCAGCAGGUGCUGCUUGUUGUACCCAUCCUCUCGAUCUCCUUAAGGUUCAUCUGCAGACUCAGCAGGAAGGCAAGAUCUCCAUUGUCAGACUGACGGGGACCAUCGUUAGAGAGCAGGGUUUUCUGGCGUUAUACAAUGGCUUGUCAGCUUCAUUAUGUCGUCAGCUGUCGUACUCUACUACUAGGUUCGGCAUAUACGAGAUAGCCAAGCAGGCUGUAGCUCCUCAUGGGGAGGCUAUAUCGUUCCCGGAGAGAGUGGGGAUGGCUGCUGCGGCCGGUGCGGCGGGGGGAAUUGUGGGAACUCCAGCGGACCUGGUGAACGUUAGAAUGCAGAACGACAUCAAACUCCCUGUGGACAAGAGAAGAAAUUACAAGCAUGCCUUUGAUGGACUGUUCCGAGUGUAUCGAGAGGAAGGGUUCACUCGGUUGUUUGCUGGAGCCAGUACAGCCACGAGCCGAGCUGUGCUGAUGACUGUGGGUCAACUGUCCUUCUACGACCAGGUCAAGCUGAUGCUGCUGGCGUCUGGCUACUUCACUGACAAUCCUGGCACUCACUUCCUCUCUAGUCUAACAGCUGGGGCCGUGGCUACUACUCUUACACAACCACUGGAUGUUCUCAAGACAAGAGCAAUGAACGCUAAGCCAGGAGAAUUCAAGGGCAUUUGGGACUUGGUCCUUUACACAGCUAAGCUUGGCCCCCUCGGCUUUUUUAAGGGCUACGUUCCGGCUUUUGUUCGCCUUGCUCCUCACACCAUCUUGACGUUUGUGUUCCUGGAGCAACUUAGGACCAAUUUUGGUGUCGUCCAGAAAUAACGGGUAAAAGGGGAGGUUUUGGGACCAGAUUUUAGUUGUUAACAAGCAAGCAGUAGGACAGCUUAUAGGCUGAUCCGACUUAUAGGCAUGCCGAUCACAGCGUAGAUUUAAAGGAAAGAUUUCUUAGAAUCAAAACAAGUUUUCCACUAACUAUCCCACACAUUAUGUUGUGGUGUAAAAUAAUAGUUACUAUUCAGUGUGUUUUUGAAACAUACACUGGUUCAGCUAUUGUAAAAUGCCGUUUUGAAAGACAAUGACUUUUUUUCAACAUCAGUGCAACAUUUACCGUUCAAAAUACUAUGUUGAGUAGGCCUAAUAAAUCUGCCAAAUGCAUAUAUUGAGUUUCAAAUUAAACCAGAUCUUGCUCACUGGGAACCACAGUUAAAAUCAUGAAUGUACGGAACAAUUUAAUUCGCAUGAAUAGUGGAAAGUUAGGAAAUCUUUCAUUUGUCUUUCUUUUUUAAAUUACUGUCAUAGUAUAACUAUAACAGUAAAAGUUUACAUAAAAUAAUGAACUAACUGAAUUUUAAAUUUACUUAUUUCAAUCAUUGUUUAACUUGUGAUGAAUUAAUGCUGUUCAUAACUUAUCAAGUUCAAACCCCCCCCCCCCCCCUUGAGAGAUGGUUUUAAUCUAGAAACAUUAAAUUUGUUUUUGGAAAAACCUUAGAUACACAUAAAAUAUGACACAAGAGCUGCAGUGUUUCUUUUUAUUGUAUAGAACAUAUAAAAUAUGUUGAAGAUAGUAGGAUAAAAUAAUUUAAUAGUUAUUUGGUUGUUGCCUAAUUGUAAUUAAUUUGUUUGUAUAUUACAAACAUGCUAGAUAGGGAUGGCUUGGUUAUAGUUAACUGUUGCAAAUAAUUUAUGUUAUUAAAUAUAUAUAAUAUAUAUAUUAUAUAUUGUUACAAAUUGAUUAUUUUUUUAGUUAAUUGAGAAAUUUCUUUUAGAAAUAUUUUUGGUUUUCAAGCUGUUGUGUUGAGCUAUAUUUGAGCAUUUGAUGUUUCGUAACACAUUCAAAGUAUAUAAUUAUAGUACAGUAGACUGUGAUCAUUGUUUGAUAAUAUUUUGUUACCUUCAUACAGCAAAGCUGUUAAUGUUGAUCUUUUCUUCAUGUUUUUAUUUAAUUCUAAGUUUUUUAUUCUUUUAAUAUUUAACAAAGUUAUAUAUACAUUUCACACUUUUAUUUCUUUCCUUCCAUGAAACCUUUGCGGUUACAUUUAUU